GGUAUAUCAGGCAGCGCUUGCACAAGUUGCAAGCGAGUCAUACAAUAAGGGUUCACAGAGACACAGAAUCGACGUCUAGACCGGUCCUCUUCCUUAGCUUGGACCGCACACAUAUACAUAGGCCUGAUAGUGCUAGCUCUGUUCAACAGUCAUACCUAGUCCAAAAUGCUUCUGCGCGGGGCCAGCUUUGCCCCGGCUGGGCACAGCCGGAGCCUCGCCGGCCCAGCCUUCGUUUCUGCACGUCAACAAUCAUUGUUGAAACUUCGUUCAGCGUCUGCCACCCAUGGACCAUGCCCGCAGCUUGCUGCUGGCGCUCGCAGGGGCAUGACAGCUGGAGCCGGAGCCAAGGAGAACCAGAUGUUCUCGUCGGGAAGCGCGAACCCGGACGCGCUGGAGCUGGCCGCGACAAAGAAAAACUUGCGUGAUGCGCUGGCGAAGGUGGAGAUUCUUACCGAGCAGGUGGCAAUUGUCGACGAGCUGACCGUGCAGAUGAAGGAGCAAGACGAGUUAAUCGGCGAGCUGGAACUCCUCAUUCGCAGCGACAAGGAAAAGCAGGACGCGGAGCGGGAGGCACUGAAUAAGCAGCUGGAGGCUGUGAAGGAGCAGCUGGAGGCCACCUCGAAGGAGCUGGAGGAGGCCACCGCCAAGCUAGGGGCCAUGCCCGACAUCGCCAGCCUGCAGCAGCAGGUGGAGAGGCUGCGCGAUGCUGAGGCGAAGCUAGAAGAGGCACAGCCGCAGCUGGCGAGGCUGGCGGAGCUGGAUUCGCUGGAGAAGCAGGUGGCGGAGCUGACGGCCAAGGUGGUGGCGGAGGGCGCCACGCGUGAGCAGCUGGUGCAGGACCUGGAGGAGGCACGGGAGGAGCUAGCGGCGGCGCAGGGCGCAGCGGCGGUGGCACGCAAGGAUGCCCAGGAAGCGCAGGAGGCGCUGGGAAAGAAAGUGGAGGAGCUGGCGGCCAUUGAGGCGGACGUGGAAAACAUGCGGAAAACCAUGAGCAAGGGCGGGAAGAAGGGCCGCAAGCAGGGCGUGCCAGCGGCCAAGGGGGCAGCUAAGGGCUUUGCCCAGCCUGUGGUGCCCACGCCAAACCCGGCUACGGCCACGCCCACAAAGGCGGAUGCGGGCGCUGAACAUCUACGGGAUGAGCUGAAGCAGGCGCAGACGGAGCUGGAGCAGCUGCAGGGCACGCUGGAGGAGCGCGAGGCGCAGCUGCAGGCGGCGCAGAGCGCUGUGGAGUUCCUGACCAGCCAGUGCAAGGAGCAGGAGUUGCACCUGGCCGACCUGCAGGCCAAGCUGGACGCCAGCGGCAAGGAGCUGGAGGCGCGGCUGCGCACGGAGCAGGAGCUGCAGCAGCUGGUGUCGUCGCUGACGGUGCGGCUGAAGGCGGAGGCGAAUGACAAGGAGCAGGCCCUGGUGGCGCUGCGGCGGCAGCUUGACGGCGCGUCGGGCGACCGCAGCUCGCUGGUGCAGGAGCGCGACUCCCUGGCGCAGGAGGUGGAGAUUCUGCGGAGUAGCAUGCGGGACAUGGAGGACCGCCGCCAGCUGCAGGACAUGGCCAUUGGCGAGCUGGACGUCAGCCUGAACGACCUGCGCGUGGAGGUGGAGACGGCGCAGCAGCUCAAACUGGACCUGGCAAUCCUGGCAGAGGCCUUCAGCGCAAAGGAGGCGGAGCUGGAGGCGGUGGCCGCGCGGCUGGAGGGAGCGGACGAGCGUGAGGCGGAGCUGCAGGCGCAGGUGGAGGCGGCGGAGGACGUCAUGAGCGGGCUCAAGACCGCGCUGACGGACCUCCAGGCUUCCAGCACGGAGAUGGCGGAGCGCUUUGAGACGCUGGAGGCCACGCUGCGGGCGCGCGGCGAGGCUCUGGCGGAGGCAGAGGCGCGCGCCGAGGAGGCGGCACGCAAGCUGGCGGAGGCACAGGAGCAGGUGGCGGGGCUGCAGGACCAGCUCAGCGCGAACACCGAGACGCUCUCGGAGACGGCGUCCGCGCUGUCGGAGGCGCAGGCGGCGGAGGCGAGCCAGCGCAUGGCGGCGCAGACGCUGAGUGAGCGGCUGGCGGCGGAGCAGGCGGCGGUCAUCAAACAGACUAAGGACGUGGAGGCGCUGCGGGAGCAGGUGUCGAUGCUGAACGAGCAGAUUGCAUUCCUUUCCGGGAGCGACAGCAGCAUCCGCAAGCUGCAGGACGCGCUGCGCCGCUCCGACGGCGAGCUGGCGGAGCUGCGCGGAGAGCUGGCGGCGGCCAAGGGCGAGUCGGCGGCGGCGCGGACGCAGGCGGCGGAGCUGAGCCGAUUGCGUGAGGAGCUUGAGGACGCUACGGAGCAGCUAGCCGGCAAGGAGGCGGCGCUGGUGCUGGCGCGGCGAGCUGCGGAGGCGGCGGAGGCGGAGAUGCGGAACGCCAAGCGGCAGGUGGAGAACUCCACGGCGGAGGUGCUGACCAUGCGGACACAGAUCGGGCACCUGAACAACGAGCUGACGGCAGUGCGCCAGGACCGCGACGCCGCCAGCCGCGCCGAGUUUGAGAGCUUGCGGCAGCUGCAGCUGGAGCUGGCCACGGAGGCGCAGGCCACCCUGGAGCUGCUCAACAAGGCGGAGAGCCUCGCCAUCAUGACGUCGGAGCAAGGAGGCGUAUCGAUGACGGCGGACGUCAACACGGCAAUACUGCAGGCGCGCAAUGAGCUGGACGUGCAGACGGAGCUGUGGGAGUCGGAGCGGCAGCGCUCGGCGCAGCUGGAGAAGGAGGUGACGGCGUUGCAGGAGCAGCUGCGCGCGGCGGCGCUGGGGCGGCGGCUGGGCCCUGGCGACGAGGUGGGCACCGCGGGCUCGCUGUCGGGCACGCUCACGGCGGCCUUCAACAGCGCACGUGGCAGCGUGGGCGGCCCCGGCGGCCCCGGCGUGCCGGGCAGUGUGCGGGAGCUUGAGACCGCCAACCUGCGGCUGCUGGAGGACCUUAACGCCUCUAAGAACGGCGCGCUAGCAGCCAAGGCGGAGGCGGAGGCGCUGCAGACGCGUGUGGCCUUCCUGGAGCGGGAGCUGCGCUCGCGGGACGCGCUCAUCACCGACCUGCGCAGCAACAGCGUCAACCGCGGCGGCAGCCGGCAGGUGGACAACCUGGUCAACCAGCUCAAGGCGCUGCAGGAGGAGAACACCAAGCUCAAGCAGGCGGCGGCGCGGCAGCAGCAGCUGCUCAACCAGACCAAGAAGUUCUUUGAAAAGAAGAUCUCACCCGCCGCCACCACCAACGGCACCGGCGACAUCACCGUGGGUGCUGGCGCGGGAGCUGGGCGGAAACCCGGCGGCAACAGCCCAGGCCGCAACGGCCUCUGAUCCCGCCGGCACAGCGCAGCACAAGAGCUGUAAGAGAGGCGGUGUGUUGAAGUGGUGUGGGUGCAUUUGUGUGGAGUGAGGCUGCGUGAGAGGAGUGAAUGGUAUUGUGUUACAAGGAUGUUUUCUUCGUGUGGAAAGGGCCGCACUGAAGGUGUGAAGUGGCUGGCGCGCGCUAGCGGCCCUGUCCUGAUAGGUGACGCGCACCCCUUCAGCAAUGGCCCACGCACUGUCCCGCGCGCAGCGUAGCGUUUGACACGUGUCCAUCUACCUAUUUGGCUUGGACCCUCUGGGGGAUAGGUAUGUACCUGUGUGGUACUAUACAGGCGCUCGCAUCGCCAACAACGCUGGGACUGCAGGACCCAGGCAGCGCUGAUGCCACGUCUGCCGCUAAUUUUGUGCAUGAGAGAUUUUUGCGCGUCAUAGGUCAGACACUUUGCACCUCCGUGAGUGUGAGGUGUUGCGAGGUAGUGGCGGGUAGAUACGCGGUUACGGCUAUGCGCUGACAUCUCCUAAUGUGUGUUAGCCGCGCCGGAUUGAGGAUCGUAGGCGUUCCUAUUCUAGGGGCGGAAUCCCGACACAUUGAUUGCUGGGAGGCGAACGCUGCGACAGUGACGGGGUGCCCAACACGGAGGCAUCGGCAUUCGUGUGGAGCCGUUAGAGAAGGGGUCUCAGGCCUGGUGGGGUCCUGAUGAUGCCAGUAUGAUUAGGCAGGAGAGUAGAUGGCGCCACGAUCCUGCACAAGGACUCGAGUUGCGGGCGCGCAUAUGGAGGAGAGCCCCGUGUGCAACAACAACAACCUGUGACUGGUGCAGCUGUGUAUAAUCUGUGUGAAUGUCGCGUCGUAUAUGUUAUGGAUGCG